AUGACUGGCAUUAUAUUCAAUAUCUUGCAAACUUUAUACCCCUAUUGCUCCUCGCUAUCCGGGUUGAUAUCCAAUAUGGACUGGGAAGAGAUAGUAUUAGUACUCGCUACGUCUUGGGUCACUCUUCGGCUCCUCGGCAUCGGCCUCAAUUUUGAACAGCUGUUCGACCUCCUGGGAAUAAACGGCAUAUCCGAUAGAAUUCGUGCAGUGAAAGGAUGGUUCCUCCUCCCAGAAAGUCAUGAGCAGCUGAAGUGGAUUGAAAGAAUGAAUGAAGAACGCGCCUAUAACAUCCUUCGGACGCAACAAUCCCUGGCCAUCAAAGACCUGACUAUUGAACAUGCUAUCCAGCGGAAGCUCGAUGUUCUCAGCAAUCUGUGGAACACAGGCCCCAAAGACUGGAAACAUAAACUACUGGAAAUGCGAUGCCUUGAGUGGAUUGAUAGAAACCAGGAAUUCGCUUUACACCUGAGAAAGCCAGAAGGGCCCUUUACACGGCAAUAUGAACGCCAGCAGGAGAGGAAACAUAAAGCUUUAGCUACCAAUCCAACUAAAUACCUCUCGCAGCCCCAUCUGGUUGAGGAAUGCAAGACAAGAGGCGGGUGCUGUGCGAGAGCAUGCCAAUGCUGUCUGCGGCCUCGAGGCCUCUAUCCCGACAAGACGGUUUUAUACUCCCACUGCACGACUGUAUGUGGAUGUUGUGUUCGGAAUCGGGGAUUCGUCCAUAUCGAUCAAUCAGAUGCCAGGGAGAUCCCUGACUUUGUGGACUGUAGAAAGUGGACAUACCAUAUCGAAGAAAGACCGUGUGAAGCUACAGUGCUCUGA